AUGAAGUUUACAUACGCCCUUCUUGCCGCAGCACUCGCUGCAGGAGCUACAGCCAAAGAAAAAUAUAUCUGCGAGACCAGCGACGGCAGCCCCUAUCUACACCAUGUCAACGAGCUUAUCGACAACCUAAAAAACGCGCCUCAGGGCGAGAACCUAUGCAAUCCUACGUCAAACGGAUGCGGCGGGACCAACAGGGGGUACUCUGGAGGUGGAGGUGCAGCAUUUAUGAUUUGUGGUUUUCGAUGCUCCGGGGACCCUGGUGGAAUGGCUUGUGCCGGAGCCGGCUGUGGUGGUAUCUACGCCCGUUUGGUAGGAAAUUGGUUUGAAGGGCUGCGUGAUGAGUGUGUGCGACCCGACUCGAAUGGCGACGAUCGGGUGGGCGGUAUUGUCGACUUCAAUGAUGGUGCGCAGCAGCUCAAGUUGUUUACUUUGCAUUAG